AUGCUCUCUCGUUCAGCAUCUAGGCACCCGUUCAAGCGACUUGUCGAAGGACUCAAAGAAAAGGGCAAAACCGUGACGGUGGUCGAAUCAUGUUGUGGAGGUCUGAUCAAUGCCUCCAUCAUGGCAAUUCCAGGAUCCUCUCAAGGUAUUUUCUUUGGAGGAUCAGUAGCGUAUAAUACCAAACAGUCACAGAAAUUUCUCAUGAAUGACUCGGAACUACACUCGAAACUGCUGGCACAGCGACCACCAUCAACUGCCGGAGAAAGUGAAGCUGCCAACUACAUUCAAUCCAAAUUCCACUGGACGGCAGAAACAGCAAAAGCAUUCUGUGAACAGAAUAAUGUCGAUUAUGCAAUCGCCGAAGGAGGAGCAUCCGGGCCCACCUUUCGUCCCAAAGACCUUGACAAGGGGUUCGCAGUGAUUGCCAUUGCGGGAAAGGGGAAAGAUGGAAAGGCAGAAAUCCUGGCACAAGAUGUGAUCCGAUCGUCACAUGCUAAUCGUCAGGAGAAUAUGCAACUCUUUGCGGAUGCAGCAGCCGCACUGGCAGCAGAUACUAUGGGUAUUCCUGCGGUCGACGACAGUGAAAGUAGUAGUACUACUAAUACUAAGAACGAGCCAGCAGGCAUGAUCGAACCAUCCAUUCCAUCGCUCGACCGAGCCACAUAUUUGAGAACGGAUGCGGCAGCUCUGAAGCAGCUGGAAGCAAGAGAGGACGCCAAACUAGUUAUCAUUCGGGAUUCCAACGAUUGUCUGUUCUCUUCCGAUACCCAGCUGGCCCAAAUACGCAACAGUGAACAACUACAGGACUUACCCAAGACGUUUUUGGGACUAGAGACAGAUUCUGGCAUUCCAUUCUUUGGAAUUGAAGUGAAUGAAGAGACGGAGCAUCUACUAGACUUAAAAGGCGAAAAUAAUGGAUGUUACUUUGACAACACGCGGACCCAUGCCCCUCUGUUAAGUUCCGAAGAUUACGAAUUGGCGUUGUACGCUACAGCGCUAUCGCAAUGGAAAAGGACCCACAAGUUUUGCAACAUUUGUGGCAGUGAGACCAAUUUGAUUCAAGGCGGAACUGCCAUGAAAUGCAGUGGAUGUGGGGCCUUGUCGUGGCCCCGUCAAGAUCCUAGUAUUAUUGUGCUAAUUACCAACCGAGACGGGGACAAGGCGCUCUUGGCGAGAUCCCCCCGACAUCCCGACAAAGUCCAUACGGCCAUUGCCGGGUUUGUAGAAGCGGGCGAAACCUUUGAAAUGGCAGUCAUGCGAGAAGCCUACGAAGAAACUGGAAUCCGCGUGGAUCCCAAGUCAAUUGAAUACUUUUCAUCGCAACCGUGGCCAUUCCCUCGCUCCUCCAUGAUUGGCUUUCGGGCGACUGCCGACGAUACUCUGCCAUUGAACAUUGAUACGAAUGAGUUAGUGAGUGCCUUGUGGUUCGAAAAGGACUCGGUAACGGCAGCCUCGCAGAUUCCAGGAGCAGUCAUGAAGCAUGAAAUUGCCAAUCAAGCUCUGAAAGAUAAUCCAUCGUUGGAUCUUUUGAUUCCACCAACAGGUGUCUUGGCCCGCUCCUUGAUUGAUGAUUGGUUGGAGGAUCCAUAA